CGCCCCGCGCUCUGGUCCCUCUGCGGCCCAUUCUCCGUUACUCGCUCUGCAGACCCAAGUCGCCCUCGGCGCUGAGCCGCGAGAUGUUCUUCAGAGCUGCCUGGAGCUUGGUACUGAAGAAAGCAGCACCCGGGAUGCGGUGGAUGCACAGCCCAGGAAGUGCUGCCCACAGUGAGCAGAAGAUGCCCCCUUACAGCAACUACCAUGCCCAGCGCUCCUACCCCAUGCCUGAUGAGCCCUUCCGCACAGAGCUCAAUGCUGAGCAGCAGGCCCUGAAGGAGAAGGAGAAGGGCAACUGGACCCAGCUGAGCCAUGCCGAGAAGGUGGCCUUGUACCGCCUCCAGUUCCAUGAGACCUUUGCAGAGAUGAACCGUCGCUCCAAUGAGUGGAAGACAGUGAUGGGCUGUGUCUUCUUCUUUUUUGGAUUCACAGCUCUGCUGAUUUGGUGGCAGCGGGUCUAUGUGUUCCCAAAGAAGCCCAUCACCCUGACGGAUGAGUGGAAGGCCCAGCAGCUCCAGCGCAUCCUGGAUAUGAAGGGCAACCCUGUGCAAGGCCUGGCCUCCCGGUGGGACUAUGAGAAGAAGGAAUGGAAGAAGUGACGUGGCAUCCGGGCUGCCCUCCCUGCAGUUCCACCCCGGCCUAGAGCCUGUGGAGGGCCCUUUCCUCUUCUUAACGCCAAUAAAGCUGGCCUGUUCUCUUCUGUCUUCAACCUCCACCUCGGUCUUUACCUGCCACAAACCCUACAGUAUACCUAAGAUUGAGCACUGUGGUGAAGGAAGGGCAGGAAUAAGCCACUUUCCAGGGGCCCAGAGCCCAGCCAAUCAGGGAGGGCUUCCUGGAGGAAUAGGGGCUAGGUUUUAGUCUUAAGGGAUAUGUGGCAUUAGGAAAGGGAGGAAGGAGAAGGGAAGGUAUUCCAGGUGGAGGGAGUGGCUUGAGCAAAGGCAAAGACACUCCUUUAUUCAGUCAAUUAUUAACAAACAUUUGUUGAGCACCUACUGUAUGCCAGGUACUAAUCCAGGCCAUGGGGAUGCGGCAGUGAAUAAGAUAAAGUCUCUGGCCCCAUAGAGGAGGCACUCUUUUAUGGAGGGAGACAGAAAAAUGAAUAUGU